AUGUCGAACAAUUCAACAGUUGAGAACACUGACUCGAUAGUUAUAGUAUCACUAUGGAAACCCAUCAACAUGUUUCAGAUUGCAUUUGGAUGCAUUGGUAUCGUAGGAAACAUGUUUGUGUGCAUCACGGUGGCACGAAAAAAAACUCUUCAAAACCUAACCAACUACUUCAUAGCUAGUUUGGCAAUCGCGGACUUGAUAUCAUCCACUCUAUGGGUGCUAUCGGUAGUGUCUCGGCUCAUCCCGUUAUCUCGGGUCCCAACCAUCCGCCACUUUCAGUGCGUGGUGGUCGAAGCUGGUUACCCAUUCUGGGUGGCCGUCCUGGCGUCCACAUAUCACCUGGUAGCAAUAACUCUGGAACGCCUAUGUGGGAUAGUGUAUCCAGUGAAACAUCGUCUAUUCUUUAGUCGACGCCUAGCAGCAGUCUGCGUUGCUUUGUGCUAUAUACUCCCCUGCAUAAUCCUAGUCAACUUCCCGUUAUUCCACAAAGUUAUCAACGGGGUGUGCGUCUACUCUACCUCUCCCAGCUCUGCACUCUCACAUGGCAUCUUUUUGUUUAUGUUUACUUAUCUGUUGCCACUCGUAGUCAUGACGUGGGCAUACAUUGCUAUCUGGAAACGUCUCAAGAACAGCACAUCUCAACAUGUAAACCUAUCUUUGGCAGGACAGUCGUCUCAGACAUCUAGCAAUUGUAACCAGGGUUACAUAGGAGCAAGAAAGAAAGUCAUCCAAAUGUUAAUUAUUGUGUUUCUUUCCUUUGUCAUUUGUUGGACCCCAGACCAGAUCAUGGUAAUACUGGUCAAUAUUGGCGUUGCUAAAUUUCAUCUAUCACAAUUCCUACCUGUCCAGAUAUUGGCACUUUGUAAUUCCUGUAUCAAUCCAUUUAUUUAUGCCUUUAAAAAUCGCCACUUUCGAGACGGUUUCCGUGAGAUAUUUUGUUUCGGUAAAACAGCUUCGAAUGUUCGUGUAGGGCCUUCAAACCUUGCUGCAAAUAUUUCCGAAACACAAACAAGUAAAGUCUAG